AUGUAUACAAUGGCGCACUACGUGAGAACUCUGGAAAACCGGGUGAGGAGAACAGAGUCUAUCCUCAGAGCCGCUGGUCUUCUAAGCGAUGACCUGAUGAGUUUGGAUGGCGGCCUCAGCGACGAUGAUGGUGAUAGAAGGCCCGACUAUGGAAGUGACUCGGGAGAUGAAUCCAUCUCGCCUUAUUUUAGCCCCCGCGAGGUCUCCAGCCGGCGUAGUUCGGGGGCAUUGACUUCGGAUGGCUCAAGGGACUAUGAUCAUCUACAGUACCGUGCACCAACGGAGAACGACGCAGGACCUAGUACAUCUUAUGCCGCCCCGUCCCGUCAGUCACUUGGCCCUAGCAACUCAUCUAAACUCCCAGAAGACGGGAGCUCCCCAUCAAAAAAGUGCUCUCACACUCACGCCCCGGUGUUUAAGUUGGAUAGCAGAGAGGACGACAGGUAUUAUGGUCGGUCAUCUUCUUUGUCCAUUUUAUCACGGGAGGCCCUAGAAUGGAUAAAGCACAAGACGGGCGAAGACAAGAUCUUAAACGUCGUAUUUUCUGACUCCAAUCGAGAUAACGCCUGGGAUGCCUGGCGACCGGAAGUAUUCCAUGACCUGUUUGCCUCGCAAGUGUUCAAGCCUUUACCCCCGAGAGCCGAGGUAUUCACUCUAUUGCGGGACUAUUUUCGCACUGUGAACCGCCUAUUUCCGCUUUAUCAUGAACAGUCUUUCAUGCAGCUCGUGGAGUGGCAAUACACACAGCAAACGUGUGAUGAUGCUGCCCGAUGGGCCAGUAUCAACAUCAUACUUUCGUUAGCCUAUGAGUACCGCUUUUCUAACUGCCAAAAGUCCGAGAAAGAUCGAGAACGCGCGUGGCUAUACUAUAAGAACGCAAUGUCAGUCUUUGCGGAGCUCUCUCUGCGACGGACUGACCUCCUAAGCGUGCAAGCCCUUCUAGGCAUGGCUUUCUUUCUGCGGGGGAAUUCGGGGACUCAGUCAGCAUUACCAAUAAUCACGGCGGCCAUGCGCAUUUGCCAGCGGAUGGGUCUACACCGCAAUAUACCAAGGCCCUACCUUACCCCGGAGGAACAGGAACAAAGAAGAAGGGUAUUUUGGAUUGCAUAUAUCCUGGAUCAAAGUGCCUGUGUUCGAUCAGGAAGCGCCCCAGCCCAACACUUCGAAGACUUUGAUGUGGACUUUCCUGUUGAUCAUAUUCACGAUCCAUUUGUAAAAGCUCGCGACGGCUCGUUCUUCCGUCAUCUUUGCCAGAUUACGGUGAUAAAAAGCCGCGUGUUCAGUAAGCUUUAUGCAGCAAAAGCUUUGGAGAAUAAGUCACCCGAGGAGAUCUACAACAAUAUUCGGGAGCUACACGAUGAGCUUGAGGAGUGGAAACGUGUCAAUGCGCUCGAGUUUCGAAUGAAACAAAGAGGUGCUGGUCAGGACUUCCUGCUCGGCUUUGCCUCGGCAGGUCUUCAGUUUGUCUAUUAUAAUACCAUGAUUAUGAUACAUCGACUGCCUCUGAUGAUUCAAUUUGCUUCGGCGCACUACAUCGCAAGAGGCCACCACCCCCCAAUGGAUUAUGACUUGAUCUCGAGCGAGGCGUCUGCUUCAGCUGCGAUCUGCGUUCAAGCCGCCCGGGACACCGUGAGGCUAGUGAACAAUUUGCCAUGGGGUGAUAUUGCUUGGAUAUGGUCCUUACUGUAUUACAUCUUUUUGGCAGUCAUGAACAUUUUCGUGAAUAUCCUACGAGAUCCGCAGAACGAGAAAGUCAAAGACGACCUACAAUCCCUGAACAUGGCGGCGACGUUCUUCGCAACCCUCAUUCCCGGCGACGGGCCUGGUCACUACGCUCGCUUUAUGACGAGGAUGUGUGCCAAUUUCGAGCGCGUAGCCAGAGUUGUCGUCGAGCGAAAUCAAAGAACCGUCAAACCCAGUGAAGCGAAACAUCACAGUUCAUCCCGCAAAAACAGCACUGCCGCAAAGGAUCAGAAAUCUGUGCGUGCGGCAUCCCCUCAGUCCUCACGCACAACCACCUAUCCUACAUCCGAAUCAAGCCUUCCCGUGCCUCCCUCCGCCCGCCCCUUAAGCAUCGACAUCCCAAAUCUUGAAGGCCUUCCCCCGGUUAACUCCGCCGGCUACGUGGUCCCCGACAAUCUAACCCCCAGUCCAGUCCAGGGUCCGACAUUCUCCCACCCUGUCACGACCAUAACCACGCAGCCUCUGUCUCAACCCGCACCUGCACCUCCAUCCGCUCCCUCUCGAUCCUACGAUAGCCCUUUACCAUCAGGUCUCGAGAGCUCCUUCUUCCCCAUCACAGUCAACAGUGACGGCUUCAACUUUUCCCAGCCUGAACUAUGGCAGAUACCCUUAACAGCAGAUUGGGAAGUCACCCCACACGCCCUAGGCAGCUUGUUCGGGCCCGACUUCAAUUAUCUUUUCCCGGGGCAAGCAGACCCAAGCAGUAAUGAAUUUCAACCGACGAGCCAGGCUGCCGGCCAACCCAUGACAACUGCACCAGCGCCCAUGGGUUUCGCUUAUGCCAAUACCAUGGCCGAGGCGCAAAAUUCGAGCCGGAGUCGCAACCGCAAUAUGCAUGGCGGGGCGCCUACAACUGCAGAUCAGUCACUGCAAGAGAAUGAGAUGUGGAUGGCCGGCAUGUAUUCGAAUCCUUAUAAUCUCCCACCCUAA